CCAAGAUGGCAGAAGGGAAGCGAGGCGGAGACGCAGCGGACGAGUGCUGAGGCCCAACCCGAGGAGGAGCCCUCUUAUGCCGCCCCGACUGCUUCACCUGCCUCCUCGCGGCGGAAGUAGCCUGUUAGCUCGCCAGUUAGCCUGCUAGCUUGAGCCAAGCUUGCGCGCGCGUGGAAGCCGAGCAGUCCGCGGCCACUUCGGAGGUCGACUCGGCGGUACUUUGACCUGCUUUUUCUGCAUUUUUUAGUGUCCGAACUGCGGCCACUCAUUUGUCCAUCACCCGCCCGGGUUAGCGGGGCGAGCCCGAUGUGUCAAAGCAGCUAACCAGCCGCCUGCUUGUGGUGGUUGUGUCCCCGCCAAGGUGGACGCUGUCGCCCGCACGACCUGAGCCGCGUCCUGGGGGGGCGUGUGGUCCUCACCGGAGGCUCCAUGCGGGAGGAGAGAAGAUAGGAAGACGCUGAAAGUGUUCGACUUGUUUUGGGGGUGAAAAAGGAGAAAAGAUGAAGAAGUUCUCCCGGAUGCCAAAGAGUGAGAGUGCGGGACUCGGCGGCUCUGGCGGCUGCGGCCUCAGCAGCUACUUGGGGAAAGUGUUCGCGGUGGGCCGCUAUCAAGUGACCGUGGAGGAGCUCGUAGCUGAGGGAGGCUUCUCCGUGGUCUUCCUGGCUCGUACGCACAGCGGCGUCCGCUGCGCCCUCAAGAGGAUGUACGUCAACAACGUCCCCGACCUCAACGUCCACAAGCGGGAGAUCACCAUCAUGAAGGAGCUGUCAGGCCAUAAGAACAUCGUGGGCUACCUGGACUCUGCCGUCAACACAGUGGCGGACAGUGUGUGGGAGGUCCUCAUCCUCAUGGAGUACUGUAAAGCGGGCCAGGUGGUGAAGCAGAUGAACCAGCGGCUGAACGUGGGCUUCAGCGAGGCCGAAGUCUUGCACGUCUUCUGUGACACGUGCGAGGCGGUGGCGCGGCUGCACCAGUGCAAGACCCCCAUCAUCCACCGAGACCUCAAGGUGGAGAACAUCCUCCUGAACGACCAGGGCAGUUACGUGCUGUGCGACUUUGGCAGCGCCACACACAAGCUUCUGCAGCCGCAUAAAGAUGGCGUGACCGCUGUGGAGGACGAGAUAAAGAAGUACACCACACUGUCCUACCGAGCACCAGAGAUGAUCAACUUGUACGCAGGGAAGGCCAUCACCACUAAGGCUGACAUAUGGGCUCUGGGAUGUUUGUUGUACAAGUUGUGUUUCUUCACGCUGCCGUUCGGGGAGAGUCAGGUGGCCAUCUGCGACGGCACCUUCAUCGUGCCGGACAACUCCAAGUUCUCCCUCAAGCUGCACUGCUUAAUCCGAUACAUGCUGGAGCCGGAGCAGGAGAAGAGACCGGACAUUUACCAAGUGUCCUACUUUGCCUUCCAGUUUGCUGCAAGGGACUGUCCUGUGCCAAACAUCUUUAGCUCCACCAUACCCACCUCGCUGCCCCAGCCCCUCACCGCCAGCCAGGUGGCGGCCAAGAAGAGCACCACCAAAGCAAGGAUACGAGACUCUGUGGGGCCCACAGAAACCUCCAUCGCGCCCAGACAAAGACCCAAGGCGGCCAGCAGCAACGUCCUGCCGCUGGCCAGCGUCACACCUGUCACCGUGUCACCUGUCACCGGCACACCUGUCACCGUGUCACCUGUCACCGUGUCUGCACCUGUCAGCAACGGUCAGAAAGCUCCCACGCCGGUGUCAGGACAGCCUUCCGUGCCGCAGCAUCGGGUCCUGCAGCAGCUGCAGCCGGGUGACCUGCGCCUGCAGCAGCUGCACCAACACGCCAACGCACAGCAACUCCAAUACCUCCAGUACCAACAGGCUGUGCAACAGUCCAUCCAGCUGCAACAACAACAGCAGCAGGCUUUUCUUCUUCAGCAGCAGCAGCAGCAGGCUCUUCAUCAUCAUCAUCAUCAUCAGCAGCAGCAGCAGGUUCUUCUUCUUCAGCAGCAGGCUCUUCAUCAUCAUCAGCAGCAGCAGAUGAUGCAACCCAUGUGUCAGCAGCCGGCUGCUCAGGUCCAGUACGCCGCCAUGCUGCAUCAGUACCAGCAGACCUUCCUCCAGCAGCAAGUCCCCAUGACCUCCUCCUUGGACCUGCAGCUGUCUGUGGGCCAGCCCUCACCCUCACCCUCACCCUCACCCUCACACGCCCAUUCCACUAAUGAAAGAUCCUCCCUCCCCCCCGACAUGUCUCGCUGGAACCCCUUCGGAGAGGACAACUUCUCCCGACUGACCGAGGAGGAACUGAUCGACCGGGAGUUUGACCUGCUGCGAGCAAAGAAGCCCGAGGACCCGGAGCCCCCCCAGUCCUCCAGACCCCUGCUGGCUGAAGACCUCUUUGGCUCGCCGCCGUUCCUGUCCAACGCAGGUCCUGGCGUUGAGGAUCAGCUGGUGGACAGGAAGAAGAACUUUAAGGCGGGCGAAGAUUCCGAGAGCGACUUUGAGUCGGACCCUCCUUCGCCUAAAAGCAGCGAGGAGGAGGAGGAGGAGCCAGAAGAAGAGGAGGAGCCAGAAGAGGAGGAGGAGGAGCCAGAAGAGGAGGACACAGAGCCUGAGAACUUGGGACAAAGACCACUGCUGAUGGAGUCUGAGGACGAGGAGGACCAAGAGAAUCCUGACUGCAAAGUCCAGAAGGUCUCCAAGAAGGACGUGGGCGUCAAGCGAAGUCGUCCAGGUGGCUUCCAUCAGGAAUCACUCGGCGCCGGGAAAGCUGCGUCCGCCGUGGACGUUUUCGGAGCGGUUCCCUUCCUGGGAGCGUCCAAGAAGGCGGACAUCUUCGCCCGGGCGCCUUUCAGACCAUCUGAUGACUUGGACGUCUUCACCAAGGCUCCGUUCAGUCGCAACUUGUCCAAGUCCACGGACAACGCCACGGGACAAACCCCGCCCACUUCCCCGGAGAGCAUCGACAUCUUCGGCUUCUCUCCCUUCGAGCCGGGCCCCGCCCCUCCGCCCCCGACCACGUCCCGCAGCGCCGAGGACAUCUUCCGGCCGUCCCUCCAGGACUCUCCCGGUCCUCAGCAGCAGCGCCUGAAGCAACGUAGCCUCCAGAAGCUGUCGUCCCGCCACAGGAAGACCAAACAAGAGGCGCCCGGCGGCGGCGGCGGCGGGGGGAACGGCAAGCGCCACCACGGCACGCCCACCGGGGGGCGCAAGAUGGGCAAGGCCGCAUUCCGCACGCCGGAGAGAGUCCGCAGACACAAGAAGGUGGGCCGGCGAGACUCUCAGAGCAGCAGCGAGUUCCUCAGCACGUGCGACUCCAAGGAGAACAUCAGCAUCAGCGUGGACGUGACCAUCGCUGAAGGGAAGGACGACCAGAUCCUGGACCCCUUUGGAGCCAAACCUUUCAGUCCUCAGGACGCCAACUUGUCCUGGGAAUGCCACGCCAUGGACGACUUCGGCGCCGUGCCUUUCUCAGAGAUGGACGUCCCAGACGGACCUCAGCAGCAGGCGGCGCCGCAUGGGGAACUCGACCCCUUUGGCGCCGCCCCUUUUCCCUCCAAGCAGUGACUUCCUGUCUUUCUUCUUGUUUGGGAUCAAAGACUUCAGACUCUGGCUCUUUUUAUGCUGCAACUUGACAAAAUGGUAGCCAAAUUGUCUUUCUAAACAACAUUUUUAUUCAGCACCGCAAAGCCUUAUGGGAGCGCCUUCGUCGCUAACCACUUUUUACUUCCACUUUUCAUGCUAAAUGUGACCUUUCUUCUUCUUCCUCGCAAGUUUCAUCUGUGAAAGUGACUCCACAUCUUUUUAAAACAUGUUCUGUUGGCGUCGCUAGCAAGUUCUGUUGGCGUCGCUAUCACGUUCUGUUGACAAGUUCUGUUAGCGUCGCUAGCAAGUUUGUUUAUGUCGCUAUCACGUUCUGUUGACAAG